AUGGCAGUGGGGCAGGUGCUGCUGCUGCUGUUGGCCGCCUGCACGGUGAUGCCUGCGAAGGACCCGCUGCUGAACGUCUGCAUGGAUGCCAAACACCACAAAACCAAGCCUGGUCCAGAGGGGAUGCUGCAUGAGCAGUGCGCUCCCUGGAAGGACAAUGCCUGCUGCACAGCCAACACCAGUUCAGAAGCCCACAAGGACCAGUCCAACCUGUACAACUUCAACUGGAACCAUUGUGGGGUGAUGCCAUCCAAGUGCAAGCGCCACUUCAUCCAGGACACGUGUUUGUACGAGUGCUCGCCCAACCUGGGGCCCUGGAUUGACCAGGCUGACAGCAGCUGGCGUCGGGAGAGGAUUCUUCAUGUACCACUCUGCAAAGAGGACUGUGAGGAGUGGUGGGAGGAUUGCAAGGACUAUGUCACGUGCAAAGAGAACUGGCACAAGGGCUGGAACUGGGCAACAGGAACAAACCGCUGUCCUUGGGGCUCCAUGUGCAGACCCUUCAGUCAAGUCUUCCCCCGACCAAAAGACCUGUGUGAGAAAAUCUGGUCCAACUCUUACAAAUACACCACAGAGCGUCGGGGCAGUGGUCGCUGCAUCCAGAUGUGGUUUGACCCUGCCCAUGGAAACCCCAAUGUGGUUGUGGCCAAGUAUUACGCCUGGAAAAAGAGAUCGUCCUCUGCUGGGACGGAGAACGUGACUCCCGAGACCAACGAAGCUGUGUGUGCUCUGCCAUGGCCGCUCCUGGUCCUGCUGCCUCUGGCCCUUGUGAUGGUCUCCAAGGGAGCUGGGGGCUGUAGACCCCAUGGGUGGGGGUCCCUGUGA